AUGGUGAAACUCGCGCUUUAUUUCAAGGCAGAACUGGAAAACAUAACAGAUGUUGGACCAGGUGGUGAAGAUUACGAAUGGCACUUCAAGGUAAAAUGUACAAGUUGUUAUGAAGUAAACGAAAACUGGACUAAAAAUGACGUACCUGGAUCUCGAGGAACCGCGAAUUUCAAUAGUGAUCAAUUUUCUCCAAUUGUCAUUAUUGAAUGUAGAGGAUUGGAAUUUGUAGAUUUUGAUCCUAGAUUUGGAUUUAGUGCAAAAGGAGUUGAUAGUGAGACAAUUUUCGAAAAUAUCGAUUUGACUGAAGGUUAUUGGGCAGAUUAUGACGAAAAGAAUAUAUUUUUCAUCAAAGGCUGGAGUUCCCGUGGGGAUUUCCGAUUUAAAAUCUGA